AUGCGCGACAAAGUCUCGCCAAUUUCUACUAUUACGAUUGUCCGUUCCAGCGAUGAGGAAGUGCCGAAGAAGGUCCAUCUCGACACAAUCCUCGAGAAUCUUGGAAGUUUCGGAAGAUUCCAAAAAGUUCAGUUUAUUCUCAUUUGUAUUCCUAUCAUAUUUGUGUCUAUGCACGUGAUGAGCUGGACGUUCGUUGUCAGUUCUGCACGAAAAGCUUGCGACGAGGUCGGAAACGACACUGAAUGUAUCGAAUGGGCAUAUUCGGCUUCGGACAGAUGGGACAUCAGCGGAGAGAAUUCAUGGAUUCGUGCAGUAGUUCAAGCGAUCUACUUCAUUGGCCAAAUGAUUGGCUCAUUCGCUUGCGGAGUAAUGGCUGACAAGAUUGGCCGUAAAAAGGUCCUUUUCCUUUGUUUAGUUAUUCAAGUCACAUCGGCUGUUCUCAUGAUUUUCGCUCCAACAUGGUGGAUUUAUGCAUUUGUCAAGAUCGGCACUGGAUUCACUCAUCCAGGAAUUUUCGGAGUAUCAAUUGUUCUUGGUGUAGAAUUGGUCGGCACCAAAUACAGAAGUCUCAUUUCAACAAUCGCGAGCUUCUUUGGCGCAUUUGGAGCAGUUCUUCUAGCAAUUCUAGCCUAUUUCAUAUUGGAUUAUCGCCUUCUUCACACCGCAAUUGCAAUUCCAUCGCUUCUCUUUUUGACCUACUGGUGGAUCAUUCGCGAAAGUGCACGCUGGCUAUUUCUUAUGGGAAGAUUCGAUGAAGCUCACAACGUUCUCUGUGCUACUGCAAACGCAAAUAAGAAAAUGCUGCCGGAAGACUGGAUGACAAGAGUUGAAAGAUCAAUCGCUUCAUCUUCAAAGAAAACGAGCUUCGGAGUUGUGGAUCUGUUCAGAACACCACAAAUGCGGAAACGAACUCUUGCUUGCUUCCUUAUUUGGCCUGUUACUACUAUGACGUUUUAUGGUCUCACAAUGAAAAGUGAUGUCGGUGGAGGAAGCGUUUUUUUCACCUUCGCGAUGUCUUCGUUUAUCGAGAUUCCUGCUCAAUUGAUCGUUUUUCUUCUCAUUGAUCGCUUCGGUCGACGAAUGCUCUACUCGUCUUCUAUUUUAAUCGCCGGAUUGCUUUUGUUCGCCAAUUGGAUGACAAACGACAUGGUCCCAAAGGAAAUUUCGAUCACUGUUCUUCUAAUGGCAAAAGCUGGCGUUUCGACAGCCUACACAACAAUGUACACAUACACAUCGGAACUGUUCCCUACAGUAAUCCGAAACACCGCAGUUGGAUGCUGCUCGACUGUUGCUCGUUUUGGAGCAAUUUUAGCAUCAUUUAUCGCAUUUUUACUGGUUGAACAAUAUGGUAGAAUUGUGAUGAUUCUUCCGUUUACAAUUCUCACUAUUGCCGCUUCUAUCAUUUCAUUCGUUUGUCUUCCUGAGACAAUGGGAAAACGACUACCCGAUUCCAUUUCGGAAGUUGAAGGACAGAAAAUCUAA